GGAAGCGGAAAUACGUGACCAACAGAAAAGAAUGUAUACAAUGAAAAUCUAAAAAUCAAUUAAGUUAUGAAAAACACCAUUAAUUGCCUUUCUUCGUCGUCGUAGCACAUAAAGAAAUGGCGGACAUCUAGACACGGGAAUUUAGCUCUCGUAUAUGUACAGUUAAAUGGAGCGUUGUCGGAUGAAAACGCCUACAAUCGAGAGAUUAUGUACUAAAUGAAGUUUGUCACUACUAGUAGAACUCCAUGAAAAAAGACGUUUCUUGGAUAACAGAAUGAGCUGAUAGUUCGGGAGGUCUACCAGAAGAGGUUGCAAUAGAGAGAGGCAGACUGGAAGAUGCCAAGAAGAAAACAGCAGAAUCCUCAACCAGUCAAGUUGGAUUCUGCAGCUGGUACUUUAACCCUGGGAACUCCUGGAAGCCUGACAUUGGAGGCCGAUUUCCUUCUGGGACACCACAUUGAGUUUGGUGACCACGACCAUGACAAAAUCCUCGGCCUAGGAGACAAGUACUCUGACUCUGUAGCGGCUGAGAUUGGCUUCUCUGUGUUUCCUCUGGGUGAUGAAGAGGAGGGUUCCGUCUACAGCCGUCUCAGUAUGGAGAGUGACACAGAUGACCAUGUCUCUCGCUCAGCCACCGACCCACGCCACCAGGAGGACGAAGCUCCAGCCCGACCUGACCGCGAGGCGCCUUUUCCCCCCUACCUGUCCUGCCGGGGCUGUGGACUAGACCUGGUGGGGCCCUACUGCUACCGCUGCUGCAAAGGGGGGGGCUCCCAAUUCCACGCCGCGUUUGGCGGCUUCCGCGCCCACGCCGGCCCACGCUCCAGGGACGAUGGGGAGGACCAAAGGCUGGGCGGGACGGACGGCGGAGACGAUACCUUGGCCACGGGCGACGACGGCCCGUCCUCCAAGCUCCACUCGUGCCAGCUGUGUGGGUUUUCGUCGCGCUACGCCAACCACGUGAAGCGCCACAUGAAGACGCACAACGGGGAGAAGCCGUACCACUGCCCUCUGUGCAGCUACGCCUCGGCUCAGCUGGUCAACCUGCAGAGGCAUCUCAGGAUCCACACCGGGGAAAAACCAUACAAGUGUGACCGCUGCUCCUUUGCCUGCAGUUCCCUGGGGAACCUGAAGAGGCACCAGAGGAUGCAUGUGGUCGGGCAGCAGGGACAGGGGGCGGGACAGGAAGUGGGACAGGAAGCGGUCAGACAUGUUACUGGAGCUCCUAUUGGUCCUGCUGCCAGUGGGCCCCCUGCUAUUAGUCAGAAGCGGAACAGGGAGGAGCCCAGUGCUUCGGGGGAUGAAGCCAUAAGCCCUGAGCCAACCCUUCACAUGGGCCCCCACAACAGGGACUACCUGCCAUGCUUCAGUGGGCCAAGGCUGACCCCACCUCCACCCCUAGACCACCAGCCUCUUCUGGAGGCCCCUGGCUGUGUGCCUGGACCUGGGGCCCGGGCCGUGGCUGGGUCUAUGACCGGGACCAGGGGCAGGGCUGGGGGCAGGGCUGGGGGCGGGGCUGGGGGCGGGGCUGGGACCACAAGCGUGAAGUCAGAGGACUCCCACAUAGACGCCCUCCCCCCUCUCCUCUUCCCCUUCAGCUGUCGACUCUGCGGAGUCCCCCUGGAGGACGAGGACGGCUCCACCGCCCAGAUCUGUGCCAAGUGCACCCUGGACAUGCUUACCAAGGAGUCCUCGGGACCCAACAGCCCCGGGGAGCGCGGCGACAAGGUGUACACCUGCAGCGCCUGCCCCUUCCUGACCCACUACCCCAACCACCUGGCCAGGCACAUGAAGACCCACAGCGGGGAGAAACCCUACAAGUGCCCGCAGUGCGACUAUGCCUCAGCCCACUUCGACAACCUGAAGCGCCACCACAGAGUCCACACGGGCGAGAAGCCCUACAAGUGCCACCUUUGUGACUACGCCUGCGGGAACCUGGCCAACCUGAAGCGCCACCAGCGGGUGCAUUCGGGCGCCAAGCCCUUCCAGUGUGCCGCCUGUAGCUACAGCUGCAACCAGAGUAUGAACCUGAAAAGGCACAUGCUGAGACACACUGGGGAGAAGCCGUACAAGUGCCAGGACUGUGGCUAUACCACGGGACACUGGGACAACUACAAACGGCACCAGAAGAAACACGGCCUCGCCGCCGACAACUGGGUCAAAGUGCAGAUGCCCAACACCCACGAGGAAGAGGUGGAUGAAGAGGAGGAGGACGAGGAGGGAGAAGUGGUGGGACAGGGGGAAAAGGGGGAGGUGGGGAGGCAGUAUAUGACUUGAUGGGGGAGGGGAGAGCUGGGCCACAUCUUGCAUUAACAUAAAUAAGAUUGUACAAAAAGACUUCUCAGUCCACUUUUCUUUUAGAUGUAAGAUCUUCGGCGGCUGCUAUGCAGAGUCAUGCACAAAUGUAGAACCUGAUGAUUCUAGAACCUAGCCUAAUGAUUUAGAAAUGUUUUGAUGCCUUUGGACAGUGUAGAGAGGUUUGAGAUCUGUAUCCUCUUUUUGUCUCUGUGACCAAUGGAUUCUACUUCAAUACCCCCCCCCCCCCCCAACACACACACACACUGAAGGACUAGCGGUGCUUAUGGGCAUUUGAAUAAACUUUAGAAACAUACACCAUGAAACUUGGCCUACAUUGCUGUAUCUUAAGUUUCACAUUAUGCCUUUAUAAAACCACUAUUUCUACCAUCAGCUUUACUCCCAACAUUCUAUCCGUACGUCAUCUUCCAUAGUUUCAGCCUAUCCCCUUCCUCUGCUGUCCUAUCAACCCCUUAACCCACUAAAUAACUGGGUCGUUUUUAGCAGGACACAAUCUUCUGGAACGUUCAGGCAGAAAUUUGCUAUUUAGAAGUAUUCCUCUCUGACAUGGAGAGGAAUCAUGUGUGCUCUACUUCUAACACAAUGUGCAAUAUUCUGACCCUGCCCCCUUGGAGAAGUAGCUGAAUGAAUGUGUCCGGGUGAAUGUGAGGACUUCACUUGGUCCCUGAUAUGUUGGUGCUUGUGGAAUCUGUUCACAGGCCCAUACCACAGAUCAGGAUCAAGGAUGAAUCAGUUGGCUAGCUAACCUGUCGCAGCAACUUGUGAGAAAUGAAGAUGAUGGCAUGUCCUCCUCCUCGCCCUCCUGGCCAUUUGCUUUUCUGAUUUCUUCAACAGAGCACCUCCAAACAGGAAGUUAGUCAGAUCAGCACAUCAGGAUACAAUCACUUGAUUGAAACCCUUGGUUUGCUUUUCAGCCAGCGACCCACCUGGAGGCACUGGAACAUGGUGAGGCAAGGAAAUCUGUUAUGGCCAUUUCACCACUCGCAGUGUUGCCCUGUGGAUCUCCAGAUUCUGACAGUCAAAUGGACGCUACUUCAGGAUGCAAGCUGCAACUUUUGCCCACUGAUUGUAAAAAUGCUGUUGUCAAUACAAAAUGGGUCCCCAAAAAUGGUUUACUAUGUAAUGUAUGUGCCCAUGUGACCCCCUCAUCGAAAAUCCUUCCCUUUCCAAAUCAAAAUGACAUGGCUGAAGUCCCAGGGUGGAUCCAGGCAGGUUUUCUGGGUAAUCCCGGCUCUGAUCCUGUUCCGUGAGGUAUCCCAGUGGCUUGUUUGUGAACCGUGUUGCUAUGGAAACGUUUGCUGUGUUCGUAUCAACUGUGAAGUUAGCCCAUUGUUGUGUCUUUAUGUUUGGUUUCUACUUGAAGAAGCAAAGCGCCUUCCUCAGUGGCCCCCUACGCCCCAUAGAUCCUGGUAUACACUAGUGCAUGGCGCAGGGAAUAGGGGGCCAUUUGAUAUGAAGUCCAGGAUGACACGUAGUCUAGUAGCGCAUGGUCAGAGAAGUGUCAACUGAAUAUAGAGGGUUUAUUUUUUUAACGUGACUCCGUAUUUCCUCAUUAGAAGUGCAGAUUUAUAAUAAUAUAUAUAUAGAAAUGUUUUGAAGAAUGUGAUGUUUAAGUGACAGUUUGUUCUACAGGAGAGAAACAAGGGAUCGAUGAACUUUGCAUUUCAUGUUUUUAAAUGAAUUAUUACAACUUAUAUAUGCAGUUACAACAUAUCAGGUCACAUAUAGUAAAUGAUGGUGCAUUGUUUGAAACACGCUCAUUAGCCUAGCUGAGGGUGCCCCUAAUGUCUUGGUAGAGAAAGGCUCCACAGUAUGUCAGGUUGAUGUGUGUUACAUUUAAUUUCAGACUAUGCGGGACUGAAACUGGAAUUAAAAGUCCAAAAUCUAAAAUAAGAAAUAUGGAAUUGCAGUUUAAAUGUAAAUGGAAUGUAUCCCAGAUCUUCGUUGUCCUGCUGUGUUUUAGGGGAAAGAGACUUGUCUGGAGUGUAAAUGUUGGGAGGUGAGUGGCGCUGCAGACUUUGUCCGGCCCGACCUGCUGACCCUGAGUGUAUUCUGAUGCAGAGGUUUCAUAAUUGCCUUAAGUAUUUUAAAUAAAGACAUGGAAUUCUU